UCUCUCUCGCUCUCUCUCUCUCAGUCUCUCUGCCAUCUGUCUCUGCUCAUUACCCCCCUCGAGCCGCAACUCGUUUCAGACGUGUUGACCAGGUCUGACUCACUGCAUUUGAACUUCCUGUUGCUCUGCUUCCUUCAAGGGUACAGGAAAUUCGGAAAAAAACUCUCAAAUAAUCCUCAAUGAGGAUGGAGUGGAUAUUUGGAUGGACGCUGGCGUUGACCUGUUUCCAGCUGACUGAGGGAGAAGUGGUGGCCACAUUCCAGGGGAGAUGCGAGGGCUUUUUCCGUGGAGGGAAAGAACCUGCUGGGUUUAGGAACGAGGCAACACUACAGAUCUGCCAGCAGUACAAGGGCAGAGCACGUUUUGCUACCCUUUACAAUUCCAACCUGCGUCUCCCUGUCUACUCUGCCUACCUCCUCCAUCCUCAUGGUAUGAGCGCCAGAGAGGAUUCGUGGCUCAUCGAACCCCAGAUCACAAACCGCAGUUGGCCGGCUGACAUGCAGACGCCUGGUCAACUGAGCCGGGAAAUCAGACAGAGUUCCCGGACGGUGAAGGCCAGACUGGGAAAGUCUCAGGCUCUGGAGGAGGAUUACAAAGGAGAUCCCUACGACCGGGGACACCUGAACCCCGUGGCCCACCAGGCGGGAACCAACCGUGAGGCCACCUUCACCCUCACCAACGUGGCGCCCAUGCACCGAACCCUGAACCGCGGGUCAUGGCGUGUGUGCGAGGAGCAGCUGAGGGACUUGUCCUCUUCUCUCUGCCCCCCCGGGGUACCCGUCUACGUCCUGACCGGGACCUCCCCGCCUUUCUUGGGGAAGAUCCCGGUGACGAGCCCUGGGCGGGUGUCCGUGCCCCGCUACGUGUGGUCUUCCCUCUUCUGCAAACUCAACGCGUCCUCCUCGUUCUCUCUGGCCCACGUCGGAGACAACGAGCUUCACACCGUAUCGAGCAUGAAGGUCUCUGAGCUCGAGACGUUGCUGGCUCUCCACUACGGACGGCGUAUCUCACUCUACCCCAACUCAGCUCCGAGCUGGAGCCCACAUUGGUUCCUUCCUCUUCUCCUUAAUCUUCUAGUGAAUCAAUAAUGACUGACUCCCCCAAGUCUCUCUCCCUCUCCCUCUCACACCCACUCCACCCUCUGACUC